UUCAUUAAACGUUCGUCUGCUUCUCCCGAAAGUUAGUUGGCACGCACAAGUCAAUAAUUUACGACGUUCGUAUUAUCCAAGCCUUUGUAGGGCUUUCUACUUUUUAAUUCAACAUAUUGUCAGUAAUCGAAUUAUUUUAUAGUAGUGAAUUUAUAGUAGUGAACUUACGCUUGUUUUUGUUCAUGCCCAAUCUGUGGUAGCUCUAUCAACGGGUUCCCAUUUCUUCUUACACGUGGUUAAAAGUGUAACAGCCUGGGUAUAUUACGUAUCAAAUUACAUAUCAAAUAACAUCAAUUAAAGACUUAAGUCUGCAUUGGAUUUUGGCUCUGAUGGAAAAGUGACAAGUGCCCAAGUGUUUCUGUGCAUCUCUUUCUGACGUUACAUCAGCCAGAUAAUGUUGAAGCCGUUUUGUGUUGCUGUCCGCAUUUGCAGGAAUUUGCGACGCUAGCUCUACGUCGAUAAGGUGGCGUAGUCCAUCAUCUAUUCUAGUUCUGGGUCGGACGUGGGGUUUAUUUUAUCCUCCUGAUUUACUCUGGAUUUACAUUUAAAUUAUUCAAGGCUACCUAUCUUAACGGCAGGCAAAUCUACUUGAUUGAAAAUCCAGGCUAUUUAAUACAAAUGUGCUUUUUGACAAUUUUUCACCAAAAAACUCCAGUAAACGAAUAAACAAUCAGCUGCUUGCGUUGCUUACGAUGCGCUCUAUACAUGUCCACCCAGUACAAAUACGCUCAGCGAUGUGUUUCUAGCUCAAUACAAAACCAAGUAUUAAGGAAGAACUGCAGUCCUUAGGCUGGCUUCACUAGGUGAAAUCUUGUUGGGAAUUAUUAUCUUCAUCAUAUUCAGAGCUUUACUGGCAACACCUCAUUAAAUCAUCUAGAGUAAGCUCAAUUAUGUCCAUUCGUUAUGUGAUGAUUUUGCUGGUGGUGGUCAUAUCUUAUUCUAUGACGGCUGCUGGUUCCUCAUCAAUUUUCCACAAAAAGAGAUCGGUCAACCUGAACGGUGUUCGUUUGAAAUUUGCUGCCACUCAUUUCCCCCCUCAUAACAUACUGACUUUAUUGCCCGACGGAAACUACAGCGACAUCGGUAGCACUCCAUUAUAUUUCGCCUGGCUCACAGAAAAACUCAACUUUACAAUUACUUACGAUUAUUUACCCAACAAAAUGACCGAAUCUCAGUACGGGAAUUUGGGCGACAUUGCUCUCGUUCUCAAACUCGUCGAGGACAAGGAACUUGACGGAUCAUCUAGAUUUAUUAUUGCGACUUACGAAAGAAUGAAAUCGACAGACUUUGCAUUUUUCAUGUGGGCGGAACCGCUAGCUAUGGUUGUUCCACGACCUGGAGAAGAGCCCAGAAUCUUUGCAUUCGUCCAUCCAUUUCAAUCAACGGUAUGGUUACUCAUCUUCAUUGCCAGCUUCACCGUUGUUAUCUUCAUGACAAUGUUUUCGGGAAUUUACUGGAAAUUGUUUUCAUUCCUUGAUCCUGACGAUACAAGCCUCACCACAAAUUUUACGAUAUAUGGGCGGAUCACAUAUUACUCAGUUUACAUGAUUAACACCGUGACAAGUCAAGGAAAUGCAAUUCCUCUUCGUCGUCUCUCUUUCCGGAUACUCGUCGGAGUUUGGGUGCUAGUCGCCACUGUCUUGGUCAACAGUUAUUCAAGCACUGUCACUUCUUACCUGACAGUCCCAAAAAUGAAACCACCCAUCAACACCUUCGAAGAUUUGGUCGCAAGCGAAAACGUAGAACUUAUUCUUCUAGCUGACACUAUGACCAAGAAGCAAAUACUGGAAGCUACACAUGGCGCACAAAAGCUCUUAGGCGAUGAUAUUCGCAAUCAUCCCGAUCGAAUAUUGAGCAGCAUUGAGAAAGUGAACGUUCGCUUGAAAACUGAACGUUAUGCUUUUGCAAAUCCCCAGUCGUUUUGCGACAACUUUGUCGCCAGUCAUUUCCAGGAAAAGGGCAAGUGCCGAUUUAAAACAACAGAUUGUUAUUCCAUGACCAUGUUUUUUUCUAUGCCCUUACAAAAGAACAGCAAGUACACGCCGAUUUUUAAAGACGCUUUUAUGGAACUCUGGGAAACUGGACUUCCUCAAUAUUGGGUGAAAAACAGCAUACCGCGAGCGUCGCAAUGCUUUGAAAAAACCAAUCUACGAAAAUCCGCCAUCCCCAAACCCAUUCGACUGGAUGACUUGGCAGGUGCAUUCUUGAUUUUGGGCGUCGGCGUCAGUCUAGCAACAUUCUUCUUUCUCAUGGAGAAUAUUUUUAUUCAUGCCCUAUCUCCAGCGACGUCAAAAGCAGCGAUUGAAAAAAAAUAAAAUUUGAUGGCCUUGUUCGAUAUCGUUUGAAUAUAACUAGUCUAUUAUAAUUUUGUUUUUUCGCUAAGCCAGUUAGGCUUCUUUUGUUUUGUAAUAAAUUUUAGCUUUUAGAAUUUUUACAUCUAUCGUCUUCAGUCGUUUCCCUUUCUUUUUGCCCUCAGUUUACCACUCCAUAACGGAUUACGAAAUAUACAUUUGCCUCGUUUGUUGAGUUGCUUAUAGCCCACACACUCGAUGUAUUAAUCUUAUACCCUUUAAUGUCAGUACUUGUAUAGUGAAUAGUGCAGUUAAAUUGGAGAAG